AUGAUAUUGACUAGUUUGCUGCUAGGGGUAAUUCUAGCUACCAGUGUUCAAACUGAAACGAUUGAGAUUAGCACCUAUUCAAAGGUUGCCAAAAGUGGGGCUUCCUUGCUGAAGCCGAAUGUUUCCGAAAGUUCUACAAGUCAUGCCACCGGUCGAGCACUGGGUGGAGGUAGUUAUCCGAUGUCUUUCGAAGGGCUGCUUACAAGACCGGUUAAAUACAGAACGAGUAGUUACCAGGACAGUUACAAGGCUCCAAAAUACAUCGUGUAUCCCAGCAAUAGUCAAUCAACGGCGACAACCAGAUUGUCGCCUAGUAGAGAUAUAGCCAUGGAUCGUUUUGCCCCCGGAGAAGCAUACGGUGGGACCGUAUACAAGAUAUUGAAAUCGAAACAGAAGGGUUACCAAUAUCAAAAGCCAAAUGAUCCUGUGUUUGAUGACUCGCGUCCAGUUUCUGCGGCACCUCCUCCUCCUCCUCCGCCUGCUCCCAUCAUUUCAGCUUCACCUCCUCCCGUGGAGUUUCCUCAGGCAUCGUCUGUCAUAACAGCACCAACUCCUGCCCCACCAGAUAUGUCUAGUCCAGAUACUAUACCAAAUAACACCGCGGCUUCAGCAGAUUGGAAUAAAUUUCCUCCCAACAGUGAUACCUCUUGGCCAAAUCCAAUGAAAAGUCCUCAAAGUUACGAUAGUCCAAUAACAAGUUAUCUUAGCCCGAAUCCUCCCAGUUCGAAACCACCUACACCAGACUCCCCUCCUUCGAACCAGUACAUACCACCACCAGAUCUCUACAAAUUUCCACCAAACUUGAAUUCCAACUACCUUCCCCCUCCAAGUAGCGAUGGGCAGUUCCGCUUCAACGGAAUAUCAAGCUACCUCCCACCUCCGGCUGGACCGACUGAUCCCUCCGAUUCGGGCGCCCCAUCCGAUUCCGAUGAUAUGGAAGGUACGAUAUCUGUGGGCCCCGAGCGCCCCCAAUACUUACCUCCUCUGAAUCCAUCGUACCUCCCUCCCAACAAUCCCCCUCAGCUUUCUCCAGCCCAACCAUCACCAAUGGGAAUGCCAAUGCAGAACCUACCCCCACCCCAAAUGAUGAUGCCCAUGAACCCCAUGAUGAAAGAUGUUAUGAAUGGGCCCCCUCCGGACCACUCCUUCCCAUUCGCGUUUGACGAGUACGACCAUUUCCCCCAUCAUCACCACCACCAUGAUCACUAUCCAGAGUACGAGUUCGAUCAUCACCAUCACGACGAAACAACGACUGCACCUCCGCCGCCACCCCCACCGGAACCAGCGACGGCUCGGGUGAAGAACUACAGCUACUACUACAUCAGUAGAACGCUGUGGUAUGUUCCGCUGUACUUCACCCUGUACUUUACCUUCUACGUGUUGAUUCUGAUCCUGCGCUCCAUCGCGAGACAUAAGGUCAACAUACCGAACCAAUGGGUUGGAUCCCGGUCACUGGAAGCCAUGCCUCAUCUAACCAACGCGCAGGUUACAGAGAAGGUGAACAUGAUGACGAACUUUGUGAUGAAGCAGAUUGAUGAGUUCAAGGAGAAAUAUAUGGGAUAGGGUGUGUUGGUAUAACUUCGACUGUGUCGGUAUAACACCAACUCGAUUGAUCACUUGACAUUGCUUCGUCUGUCGACGUGGACUCCAUGAGUUUUAUUUAUUUUAUGACGAAGAAUGUUUACUGAGCAAUUAUA